GCUGGAAAUUGAAUGACCUCCACCAUUAUUGCAAGUUUUAAUGUUGAACACCAAUGAACAGAUUAUUUAUAUUAGUUGCAAUGCCUGAAUUUCUUACUUUGUAAACUAAGUACUUGUAUAUUUUCAAGCUUGCCUUGAUAUUACCUUAUGUGCCUGAUUUCAGAAAACCAUUCUUUCAUGAGCCUGUUAACUAAGGUUGACCUGAUUAAACAUGGCUGAAAACCUCAAGAAACAGCCAAGGAAAAGUAUUCUGAAGAACUCAUCCAGUUUUGAAAGCACCGAGAGAAGAGAACACAAGGCAGCAAGCACCAAAUGGGAUGAGAUGAACAUACUUGCAACGUUGCAUCCCGCAGACAAAGAUUAUGGCCACAUGAAAAUAGAAGAACCCAAAACCCCAUACAACUUCAAGGACAGAGACAUGUCAGGCUCAGGAGAUGAAUUAGAUGGGCUUGAUCCCAGCAUUCUAGCUCAAUGCAUAGAAGAAGGAUGCGGCCAGCCUCCCCGGUCCAUGAUCACACCGCCGCCUAUAGAGGAGGACUCUGAUGAGGACCUCACGCCUGAGGAGCGAGGUGGGUGCUACUAG